CCAGCGCUUUUUUUUUUCCUCUUCUUUUUUUUCCUCUUUUUUUUCACUUUUAGAGGGAACGUUGGCUUGUGUCGUGUAUUUUCGUGUGUUUCUUCGUGUGUCGACAUUUUACAUGAAUAUGCUCAGGAAUACGUGCGUUUUUUUUGCUUUCAGGAAGUGAAAGACUUUUGUUUUUGCGGAGCCGAAAUUAACCUGGACACCCCUCCUUCACUCCUUCACUCCCUCACUCCUUCUCAAACUUGACUCUGUUCUCUGGAGAUAUGGCUUGGAGUCAAUGGGGCCUCUUGUUUGCCUUGGCUGCUAUGCUCUCCCCGGUCUGUGUGUCAGUGGAGCAGCGGCAGAGUCAUAGCGGCUUCAGGAGGCUGUACGUGCUCCAGCCCGGACCAGGACCGGGACCGGGACAGGGACAGGGGCAGGGGCAGGGGCCGGGCUCGGGUUCUCCCGGGGCGGACGGCGGGCUGCGCGUCAGCUCCAUCACGACGCGUCAUGGCGCAGCGGGGCAGCCGCACGCGUACAACGUGGAGCUGAAAGCCAACUUCGGCGGCCAGGUUCGGACCCGCAGGAUGGGGAACCAGGCGGCAGCGGUGCCUUUGCCCCAGUUCAGUCAGCAGCAGCAGCAGCAGCUCAUCAAGUUGUCUGGGGUGAAUGUCUGUGGGGGACAGUGCUGUCAUGGCUGGAGUAAAGCUCAGGGGUCGCAGCGCUGCACGAAACCCAACUGCAGCCCUCAGUGCCAGAAUGGAGGAAUGUGCCUCAGGCCUCAGCUCUGUGUCUGUAAGCCUGGCUCUAAAGGGAAGGCAUGUGAACAGAAGACGGCAUCCACGCAGCCCUUUCCUGCACCACCGGGGAAUGAACCCACCACUGCUCACAAUAAUAAUGGAUACAAUGUGGUGCCCCAGCGGCCCAUACCUCAGCAAGUGCCUCCCAGCGGCUACGCUUCUGCGCCCUCACCGGCCAGCAACAUGAAACUCACUGUCAAGCCGUACCCUCAGCAUGUGCGACCACAUUACAUCCAGCAACACAUCCAGCAGCAGAUCCGACCCAUGCACCCAGUUCAGAGCCAGCAGUACGUCCUAAAGCCCAAAUACUACCACACACACACCACACACACACAGACACAUGUUCAGUCCCAUCCGGAGAGGCCGAUCCCACUGAGAGAGGGACACAGCCCCUUCCAUGCAGUGGGCAACCAUACAGGAAGGAUCAAGGUAGUCUUCACACCUACUAUCUGCAAAUUAACCUGCAUUGGAGGCAGAUGUCACAACAACUGUGAGCUGGGAAACACCACCACCAUCAUCAGUGAGAACGGCCAUGCCACAGAUACACUGACAGCACCCAACUUCAGAGUAGUGGUUUGUCAUCUCCCGUGUAUGAACGGCGGCAAGUGCAGCACCAGGGACAAGUGUCAGUGUCCACCCAACUUUACUGGAAAGUUCUGCCAGAUGCCAGUUCAGAGUGGACACCAGCAGCAGCAGCAGCAGCAGCAGACGUCCGGCAGCUACAGCCAAACUCAGGUCCACUCCACACACACGCUGCCACUGACCUACAGCAACGGCCAGAGCACUGUAUUCAGCCCCAGCAUCGUCAACAUCCACAUCAAACAUCCUCCAGAAGCCUCUGUCCAGGUCCACCAGGUGUCUCAGCUGGACAACUACCACAACAAUGGUCACCAGUUCAAAGGUUCCCAGUCCGGCUCCUCCUCAUCCACCAGCUACACCUACCACCACACAGACAACAGCCAGAAGAUCCAGCACCACGGGUACAACGUAGUCUACCCAAGCCAGCACGGCUACCAGGUCCCUCAGUUUCAGCCUGUCACCUCCAAGAAUGCUCUGGGUCGCUGCUUUCAGGAGACCGCAGGCAGUCAGUGUGGGAAGGCUCUGCCAGGUCUCACUAAACAGGAACAGUGCUGUGGAACCUUUGGGACAUCCUGGGGUUUCCACAAAUGUCAGAAGUGUCCAAAGAAACCAUGCUACAAGAGAAUCAACAGCUCUCAUUGCCAAGAUUUUGACGAGUGCCAGCUGCAGGGUGUAUGUCCCAAUGGAAACUGUGUGAACACAGUGGGCAGCUACAGGUGCAUGUGUAAAGCCGGCUACAUUCCCGACCCCACGCUCACCAUGUGCAUAUCUGACACGCCUGCCGUCCAAGAGGAGAAGGGGGCUUGCUUCCGUUUGGUCAGCUCAGGGAGACAGUGUUUGCACCCAGUUUCUGCCCAACUGAGCAAACAGCUCUGCUGCUGCAGUGUGGGCAAAGCCUGGGGCCCUCACUGCGACAAAUGCCCCCCUCCAGGCACAGCUAAAUUCAAAGAGAUCUGUCCUGGUGGAAUGGGCUACACUGUUCUACCAAACCCGCCGGUCCAUAAGCCGGUCAUCAUUUACCAGCAGCCCAUUGACCUGCUCCCACCUCAGCCCCUGCCCACACCAGAGAGACCAGUGGAGGCUUUUGGGCAACCAGAUGAGAUCAUUCCAGUAGCUACAACUGCACCAGAGCAGGAGCUGAUAGUUCCUGGGUUUAGCGAUAGACCAUUAGUUGAGCCAAUCCUGCCCCAGCUAUCACCGGGUGUGUCCACUGUCAAGAUGGAGGCAGCGUUCCCAGAGGUUGUAGAGAAAACCUCUCCACCUGCACCAGUGGAGAUCCUCCCAUCAAAUGCAGGCCAGGACAUCGCCCCCUCACAGUCAUCUGAGGUGGAUGAGUGUCAGAUCCACCGUUACAUCUGUGGUCAGGGGAUUUGUUACAACACCAUUGAUGGCUACACCUGCCACUGCAAUGAGGGAUACCGUCUGGAUGAUGCCCACAACACCUGUGUAGAUGUUGACGAGUGUUCGGACAGCCCGUCUCUGUGUGUUGGUGGUCACUGCAGGAACACAGAGGGCAGUUUCCUGUGCGUGUGUCCGAGGGGAUUUCUUGUUGACGAAGAGGGAACCAGUUGUGUUGAUAUUGAUGAAUGUGUGAACAGAACUGUGUGCCCGUCUGGCAUCUGCAUCAACGUGCCAGGGAGUUUCAACUGUGGCUCCUGUCCUCAUGGCUUCCUCGCACAUGGAGGCCAGUGUGUAGAUAUCGAUGAGUGUCAGGAUCAGCGUGUGUGCACCAGAGGUCACUGCCGGAACACGGAAGGCUCCUUCAUCUGUGAGUGUGGGCCGGGCUUCAGAGUAUCAGCAGCUGGAGACCAGUGUGAUGAUGUGGACGAGUGUGUAGAGGAAGCGACGCCCUGUGACGAUGUAGGAGAGUGUGUGAACAGCCUGGGCUCCUACACGUGUACCUGCCCGCAGGGAUACCAGCAGGUCAACAGCACCACCUGCAGAGAUGUUAAUGAGUGUAUGGACGAGCCAGAGCUCUGUUCCCCCAAUGGAGAAUGUCUCAACACAGAAGGAUCCUUCAUGUGUGUGUGUGAUAGUGGCUUCACUGUCAGCCUGGUCACACCCUCCUGUGAUGCCCUGGGUUGA